GCCAGUGUCAGAAGUUUCUUUAGGCGCCCUGAAGGAUUUCCUCCGGUGUGGCCUCCAUUCGGGCACUCAUUUAGCCACCCAUUUGCUCUUCGGGGGUCCUCGCCGCCCUCCUCUCAACUAAUUAAGUGAUGGACGCAGUAGCCAAGGAGACUGUCUGAUUGACAGGCAUGCUAACCAACCAAGUUGUGAAAAGUGCAGUCUGGGCGGGCCCGGCGCGUGGCCGGCGGCCCAAUUAAAAAGUGGAAGCGCCAAAAGGGGCGGUAACAGGACGGCUUAGGUUGUGGCGGUUCUCCGGUGAUUGCGUGCUUGGGACUGACACAACUAGGGGCACUCAGAUGGUGCUAUGACGCGGUAUAGCAACAGUGUUGAGAGCGUGAGCGCAUUCUAGCGGAGGGAGCCCUUCGAUCCUGGAGAAGGCGCGACGUGGAGGCAGGUCGCUCUGUUUGAGAGUACUCCCUCGAAGCCCUUCAGCGAGUGGGGGAGGGGCGGUGGACGAGCAGCGGUGCCCUUGUGCGCUUGCGCUGGCCCGUGCCGACCUAUCCCGCACGCACGCGCAUGCCCACAGCGUCCCGAGCCGCGGUGGCCGGCGACACUGCGCUUGCGCGCGGUAGAGCCCGUUGAGGUGCGGCUCCGGCGGACGUCGGGCGGUCGGCUCGUGACGUAGUGAAGAGAGCUUUAAAGUCCGGGCUGGGCCGGGUGUCGGAGGGUCUGGCCAGGAGUCGGGUCGAAUCUCUUUAGCGGGCCUCCACGGCAUGAGGCGUUGCUGGCGCCCCUGCCCCCCGGGACGUGGAAAAGGUGGAGGAGGAGGAAGUACUGUUGUCGCCACCGCUGCAUGACCCGUCACCCCUGAAGCCCGACCCCGCGCCCAACCCCUCGACUCCCCCUGCCGGGUACCCGGCUUCGCAUGGGGGUUCGCCUCUGAGGACCCCCUUUUCUCCGGGGGCCUCUGGGCACGUCCCCCAAGAACCAUGCCCGGGCGCUCCACCCGCCCCGGAGGACCCUAGAGUAGUGUUGCGGGGGCAUGGCGGCCGCCAGCGGCUACACGGACCUGCGUGAGAAGCUCAAGUCCAUGACGUCCCGGGACAACUAUAAGGCGGGCAACCGGGAGGCCGCGGCUGCGGCAGCCGCUGCUGUGGCCGCUGCAGCCGCGGCUGCGGCGGCCGCUGAACCUUACCCGGUGUCUGGGACCAAGCGCAAGUAUCAGGAGGACUCGGACCCGGAGCGCAGCGAUUACGAGGAACAACAGUUACAAAAGGAGGAGGAGGCGCGCAAGGUGAAGAGCGGCAUCCGCCAGAUACGCCUUUUCAGCCAGGACGAGUGCGCCAAGAUCGAGGCCCGCAUUGACGAGGUGGUGUCCCGCGCCGAGAAGGGCCUGUACAAUGAGCACACGGUGGACCGGGCCCCGCUGCGCAACAAGUACUUCUUCGGUGAGGGCUACACGUAUGGAGCCCAGCUGCAGAAGCGCGGGCCUGGCCAGGAGCGCCUCUACCCGCCGGGAGACGUGGACGAGAUCCCCGAGUGGGUGCACCAGCUGGUGAUCCAGAAGCUGGUAGAGCACCGCGUUAUUCCCGAGGGCUUCGUCAAUAGCGCCGUCAUCAACGACUACCAGCCAGGCGGUUGCAUCGUGUCUCACGUGGACCCCAUCCACAUAUUCGAGCGCCCCAUCGUGUCUGUGUCCUUCUUUAGCGAUUCUGCUCUGUGCUUCGGCUGCAAAUUCCAGUUCAAGCCUAUCCGGGUGUCAGAACCUGUGCUUUCCUUGCCUGUUCGCAGGGGGAGCGUGACUGUGCUCAGUGGAUAUGCUGCUGACGAAAUCACUCACUGCAUACGGCCCCAGGACAUCAAAGAGCGCCGAGCAGUCAUCAUCCUCAGAAAGACGAGAUUAGACGCACCCCGGUUGGAAACAAAGUCCCUGAGCAGCUCCAUUUUGCCACCCAGCUAUGCUUCAGAUCGCCUGUCAGGAAACAACAGGGACCCUGCUCUGAAACCCAAGCGGUCCCAC